UUGCAGGAUCCCUCCCUGUAACGACUGUCACAGACUCCGCUUUUCCACAGUCGGUUUGCUUCACGUACAUCCUUUUUCCCGAGCCUCGUUGGCCUGGAACAUGUACCAGGAGAACCUGGCCGUCUCGUCCUCGACUCUGAACCAUUUGCAGCGACUGUGUCUCGAAGCAUCCUGCGCUUGUUUUUCAGUUGAUAUGUCAUGCUGAACAUGUGGUGAUCAGACUUGCGUAAAAUGGAUCCCGAGGAGUUGGAACUGCAGAAUGACUACCGUUACCGUAGCUACGGGGCAGUCAUUGAGAAAGCGCUACGAAACUUCGAGUCCUCUACCGAGUGGGCAGAUCUCAUCUCCUCCCUGGGCAAGCUCAAUAAGGCCCUGCAGAGCAACCUCCGCUACUCCCUCCUGCCCAAAAGGCUGAUCAUCGGGAAGCGUCUUGCCCAGUGCCUGCACCCAGCCCUGCCCAGCGGCGUGCACCUCAAGGCCCUGGAGACCUACGAGGUCAUCUUCAAAAUCAUCGGAACCAAAUGGCUGGCCAAGGACCUGUUCAUUUACAGCUCAGGGUUGUUCCCUCUGUUGGGCCACGCAGCCAUUGCAGUGAAGCCCGUGCUGCUGACGCUGUACGAGCGCUACUAUCUCCCGCUGCAGAAGGCUCUGCUGCCCAGUCUUCAGGCCUUCAUAACGGGACUCUUACCAGGUCUGGAAGAAGGACUGGAAGUCAAUGACAGGACCGAUGCCCUGCUGGUCAAGUUGUCUCUGUUGGUGGGCCAGCAGGUCUUUUACGGUGCUCUGUGGGGCAGCAUGCUGGUCACUCCCAUGGUGCGACUCCCCGCCUCCGUCUUUAUAGUCACGCAUUUUGAUCGCUUGACACCGCUGAGUCAGCAGACGCACAUGUUAGGCUACGGCCACCGUGCAGUGGUGAAGCCACUCUGCCUUUCGCUGCAAGACACAAACGUCUUGGUGCAGAGGAACAUGUUGGAAAUCCUGCUGUACUUUUUCCCCUUCGCCACAUGCCUGGAUCCAGCAGAGCCCACGGUAGUUCUGGGCGUGGAGGAUAUGAUCACCAUGGUGGCUGCAGCUUUACUCACGCUGCUCAGGAGAGACAUGUCGCUCAACAGACGCCUCUACGCCUGGCUCCUAGGUACAGACAUUAAAGGAGGAAUGGUGGCACCACAUCCCACCCUCUCCGCCACCAUCGAGGAUCACACGUCAUUCUACUUCAACACCUAUUCUAAGGAUUACCUUGUGAAGGCUAUGAUGAACAUCCUCAGACAGAAGGAUGUGGAGACAAAACCAGACACAGCGACGUCUUACCUCAGGCCUUUCCGCAUCAUUAUCAGUCUGCUCGAUAAGCCAGAGAUAGGUCCAGCUCUGCUGAGCUGCGUGUUGCUAGAGGUGGUCCGAGCUUUCCACCGCUACUGUCUGGAGGUGCUGGAACAGGACAACGUCAGCAGUGUAGGACUCUCUGGAAACCAGCUUGCAAGUAAGAUAAAAGAAAAUAAGAACGCGUCUGAGAUCAUAAAGACUGUGAACAUGCUUGUGAGCUCCAUGGAGAGUGAAUACCUGUGGGAGUACAUGACCCAACGUUUCUGCACGUCUCUCAGUGAGAAAGAUGACGCUCAGACGCCUCCCGAUCAAGACCUCAGUCGUCCUGCUCCUUCAGUCGCAGAGAUUUCCAGUCUCAUCAUCUUCCUGCUCGAUGUCCUUCCUCUGGAACUCCAUGCUGACAUCCAGUCACAUUUCCUCCCUGAGAUGCUGGGCAGCAUGCUGCAGGCGCUGCGCCGCCACAUGGACACCGUCCCGCUUGAAGAUGUCACACACGGGCUGCGUGCAUGUUUCAAAGUGCUGAGCAAGAUCCAGAUGCCGGUAGCCUACUUGGACAGUGAAUCUGGAUCCCACACAGAGGAGGAGUUACAGACGCUGGAGGACAAAAGCUCUGGGACACAGGAUGUGGAGAAUGAAGGUGAGAAAGACGGCUCGGUUAAUGGACAUCAGGAAGAUGAAGAGAGCCAAAGCGAAGGAGGUGAAACACAGCCUGCAAACGGUGUUUACUCAACUUUGCGGUCUGAAGACAGCGGAUUAGGGAUCAGCGCCUCGCCCUCAGAGCAGCAGCUGCCGCUGGGGACGAGCAAGGAGGCAGAAGGAGACAGAAAUCGCCAAACCGGGGAAGGAGUGUGGAGAAAGGGGGGCAGCGUUGACACCAUGACCCAGUGUCUGCAGGACAUCCUGGCCCUCAUUACCACCAGAUACUUGUUGGUGCAAGUUGAGGAUGUCGGAGAAGCGGACCAAGAGCCCCAGCCAGACCCCAGAGCCGUCUCUUUGGAUCACAAGUCCAAGUUAGCUGGACGAGAGCUUAAAGACAAACUCACUGAGCUCUUCACUCCAAUAAACUCAAACCCCGCCUUCUCUGAGACCACACUCCCAGCAUCCCCCACCAAGAAGAAGAAGGAUCCGGGGUGUCUGGAGUGGGCGGCCGGCUACAUGCGGGGCAGGGCUGAGAUCUCGGAGGCCUGUCGGAGGGCCUUCGUCGCCACCUGCCACCUUCUGCUGGAGUGCACCACCUUCCCAGUCUACCUGAGUGAAGACGAAACCCUCGCUCUCCACGCAGAGAUGUUCCUUCACAAAGACACUGACGUGGGCAGCCUGCCAGUGUGGCUGAGGUCCGUGAUGAUCCUGUGCUGCAUGUCCAGGGACUACAACAUCCAGCACACGGCAGUAGCCUCCCUGCUGGAACUCAUCAACCACUCCCAGUCCUUAGCGCUGGUCAUUCAGGACAAGCACCGCCGCUACCAGAGCUCCCGAGUCCAACCCCUGAGCGGGCGGUUGCAGAUGGCCACGGUGCCGCCCAUCUACCCCGUCCUGCUUCAAGCCGUAGAGGAAGGCACCGACUUCUAUCAGAGGGUGUCCCAGGUGCUGUGGAGCCAACUGGACACGGAGCGGAGGGAGCAGCAUGUUUCCUGCGUCGACCUGUUUUACAGGCUGCACUGUUUGGCUCCAUCAAUCAUCUGUGAAGACAUCAUCUGCCAGGCGCUCCUGCACAAAGACCAGGCGGUGAGGUUGGAGGCCCUGCACCGCUUCACAGUUCUAUGGCAUCUGACCCGGGAAAUCCAAACCAACAGAACCAUGUCCCUCAGUCGCUCCUUUGACCGGUCUCUGUGUGUUGUGGUGGACAGCCUGAGCUGCGCUGAUGGCUCGAUUAGCGCCGCGGCUCAGUGCUGGCUGGUCAGAGCUCUGUCCCUCAACGACGUGAUCCGAAUCCUGGAGCCCAUACUGCUGCUUCUGCUCCACCCAUCAACCCAGCGUUGUUCCAUUCAGAUCAUCAGACAGAACCUCACUGUUGACAACCUGAAGUUUCUAAACAACAGAAGACGAAGUUCCACUAAAACGUCGAGGACGUCUGCGGACACCAUGGCAGCUGAUGUCACCACCUUAAAUAUUCUCGAUGUCGUGGACCGAGAAGCGCUCUGGGCCGCGCUGGACGGCGGCACCGAGUUACCGAAGCCGGCGGACGCUUUAGUGUUGUCGCGGAGCGAGAGUGAGGAGACGGAGGAGGAGGAGGACGAGGAAGCUGAGAGCGAACACACAGAGUCGGCCGACACCAGCGGGGCCCAGGUCUCCACGGAGAACUCCAGUUCGGACUCGGCCCCUCACAGCAGCACCGAGGAGGGGUGUAUGAUCAACGGCCUGCGGAGGGUGGAGUCCGAGCGCACGCAGGCGUCCGAGUCCCUCUCAAGUGAAGACGAGGACGACCUGGAGCUGGAGGCCAUGGCCCGGUCCCGUCUGUUGAAGCAGGAGCGCGAGAGGAGGGAAGCCAUCGACUCUCUCUUCCGCUCGGUGCUCCUGUACCCGGCGGCGGGCGGCUGGCGGUACCUCCUCCAGGGUUUGGGGCUGCUGGAGAGCCUGCUGAGGAGCAACGCCGAGGGCCCUCUGGUCGACGCCCUCACCUCCACCUCCCUGGACACCAGCUCCGCUGCACAUCUCAACCUGGUCUCCAACCUCCUGCAGCGUCACCAGCAGGCUCAAGACGGCAAGUGCUUCUACACCGGUCUCCUGUCGCCCUCCUCCUCUCCCUCCGUGCCCCCGUCCCUGCUCAUCGAGCUGCUGGUCUCCCUGUGCCUCCGCUUUCUGCGCUCGCACUACCCCUCCUACGUCAGCCUGAGUCCUCUGGACCUGCAGGGGAACCGGGAGGUCCAGGUGAAGAGUGUGACGGUGCUGACUCGGAUGGUGAACCAGCUCGCCUCCGUAGCACGAGGACAAGAGGGCAGCAAGACCAGCUUGGAGUGCAUCCGCAGACUCCUCUCGGGGUGUAAAGUGCAACAAUACGCCCUGCUCUCCAUGUCUGCAUGCAUGUACGUCAGCCAGAGAGGUGUGGACAAGGAUCCGUCCAAAGGGCUGGAGCUGCUGGAAGAGCAGGGCGGCCUGUCAGAGGAGAGUCUGGUGAAUCUGGGGACAGGAGGGGGGCAGGAGCAACAACCCUUGCAAAUCGAGUUACUCAAACUACUUCAGGCUCUCAUAGUCCUGGAGUACCACGUGUGGCCCGGUGGGGUCAUCUCAGCGGGCGGCGGGGCCUCCGGCCAGCCCGUGGAGCCCCGCGAGUCCUCCACCGCCAGCACGCCCCUCGCUCGCGAGUGGCAAACCGCUGUCCUCUUCCAGCAGUCCAUCAAAGCGGCCCAGUAUGUCCAAAGUCACCCCAUUACAGCCCAGGGGAUGUUUGUGUCGGCCGCCGCCAGAGCUCUGCAGCCUCAGUACGGGUAUGCCAUGCACCCCCACUGGGUGUCGCUGCUGUGCUCCUCCCUGCCCUAUCUGGGGAGGUCCCUGGGGAUCAUCGUGGCUCCAAUCAUCAGCCAGAUCUGCAGGAACUUGGACGAGCUGGUGAAGCUGUACGAACAUGAUGGAGGGAAGACAAACCAAAGCUUGAGUGGCAAGAAGGAGAACAUCCCCCCCGACUAUCCACUGACUCUUCUGGAAGGUUUGACCACGAUUACGCACUACUGUCUCCUGGACAACAAGAGGUCCCUGGUUGCCUGCGAUCCCGUGGACGUUCGUAAUGCGCGCAGUGCUGUGCUGGAGGAGCUGCCGCACAUGCUCAGUAGCAUGGUGUUUUUAUGGGGUGUGGUCCUGAAGGAAGAGCUUCAGAGGCGUGCCACUGACUCUAGCCAGAGCAGCAGACACGCUUCCACAUCCAUCUAUUUUAAAAGCACCAAGAUCUUGCGUCAGCGGAUCCUGGAGUUUCUGCUUCCUCUGAGUGGACAGUAUGGAGUUCAGCUGAUGGCUUCAGUGGGAGCGGUGUGGAGCAGCAGGCGGAGCAAAAGGAGACAUAAAAACAAAGUGUUACCUGUCGCCAGCGAGUCUCGUGUAACCAUCGUGGAGCUGGUGAAAUCACUGAAUACCUUGCACGCAGAUACGAUCCUGCAGCUGGUCAAAGAGGUUGUGAAGAAACCUCAUCAGAUCAAAGGAGAACAGAAGUCGACGCUGGUCGAUAUCCCCAUGUUACAGUUCAGCUACACUUUUAUACAGAGCAUUUCCGCUCAGGCUCUGCAGGAAAACGUCACUCCUCUCCUCAGUCUGUUACGGGAUUCGGUUCAGCUCAACUUGGCCCCACCGGGACACUUCCUGCUGCUGGGAAUCCUCAAUGACUUUGUCAACAGGCUUCCCAACCUGGACAGUAAGAAGGACACUAGAGAUCUGCAGGAGGUAACUCAGCGAAUCAUUGAAGCAGUGGGGGGGAUCGCAGGGUCAUCUCUGGAGCAGACCAGCUGGCUCAGUCGCAGUCUGGAGGUCAAAGUGCAGCCGCAGGUGUGCCAGGAAGCAGAGGAGCCGGAUGAUGCAUACGUGGAUGGGGAUCAUUGUGAGUCGAUGGCUCAAGCUGGUGCCAUGGUGUCCUCCUCCGCUCCCUCAGUUUACAGUGUGCAGGCUCUCGUGCUUCUGGCUGAGAUCUUGGCGCCGCUUCUGGACAUGGUGUAUCGCAGCGAUGAGAAGGAGAAAGCUGUUCCUCUCAUCUCGCGGCUCCUGUACUACGUUUUCCCCUACUUAAAGAACCACAGUGCCUACAACAUGCCCAGCUUUGAAGCGGGGGCUCAGUUGCUGAGCAGCCUCAGUGGAUAUGCCUAUACCAAAAGGGCCUGGAAAAAGGAGGUGUUUGAACUUUUCAUGGAGCCACUCUUCUUCACCAUGGAUGCCUCCUGCACACACAGCUGGAAAUCCAUGGUUGACCACCUGCUGACUCAUGAGAAGACCAUGUUUAAAGACCUGAUGAGCAUGCAGAGUAGUUCCCUGAAGUUGUUCGCAAGUGCCGACCAGAAACCCAUGCUGCUGAAGCGGCAGGCGUUUGCCAUGUUCAGCGGUGAACUCGACCAGUAUCAUCUCUAUCUGCCCCUCAUCCAAGAGCGUCUCACGGAGGCUUUACGUAUGAACCCAACUCCCGCCGUUUAUGCCCAGAUGUUCCUGAUGUUUCGUGUUCUCUUGUUGCGGAUCUCAUCCCAGCACCUGACGUCUCUCUGGCCCAUAAUGGUCACAGAACUUAUUCGCACUUUUGCACGUCUAGAAAAAGCUCUUCACGGAGAUAAAGACAUUUCAAAACUGGCCAAGGUGAUGCGCGGAGCGCUGGACAGAAAUGGACCCGCAAACCUCUCUCAGGCAGAGCUGGACAUGUACCUGUCAGCCUGCAAGUUUCUGGACACCUCCCUGGCUUUCCCGCCAGAGAAGAUGCCCCUCUUUCAGAUGUAUCGCUGGGCGUUUGUUCCUGAGGUGGAUGUGAACCGCUACAGCGGCCCUGAGAACGCACUGAUAGAAGGCGAACAGGAAUGCACGCCGCAUGUUGUGAGAGUGUUGGAAGGGAUAGAGCAGCGCUUUGGGACUCUGAAUGGGCUGAGUGAGGAAUCCGCCACAGAGCCGUUAGAGUUCCCUCUUCUCACCCAGCGCUCCCUGUCCUCCAUCACCCAGCUCUUGCCUUUCCUACGCACCCUUUGCUGUUCCUUCCAGGGCCCUCUCCUCAAACCCGACCCCCACGGCGUUGUAGCAAACUACCCAGCGGCAAGUUCACACACUGUCCUGGAGAGGCUGGAGGUCAUCACCGAGGAAGAGUUCCUGGACUCCGUGGAGAGCUAAAAACA